UAAUCUAUACUUAGAGGUUCUGGUUUAAUAUUUCAUUCUUAAGUGACAAAAAUGAUUCACUGAGCCAUAUUUUUUUGGACUGGUGAAAUAGAAGCAGCCCAGGGUUGCUUAUCUGUUCAUCGCCGCCUGUAAUAUUAAUUCCCCAGGCUUCUUAGAUCAUCUGCUGUGUUCGUUCCUGACGUUAGCAUUUCUGGUCUGGAUUUUAACUUGCUGAAUUUAAAAUCGUUCUGUAGAGCCGUGACAGCUCUACCUUAACAGAGAAAACACCCCUCUGCUCGAAGGAAAUGGUACUUCCUGCUUUCAUAAACAGUCAUGUGCAUAGUUUAGCAAGGCCCGAUGCCUCGGGAGCCUUUUCCCUUUAUAGCACCAUUGAAUCCCGGUCCUAACACAAGUACUGUGAAUCUUGUGGCCUCAUUCUGAACAAAAGGGAUUAGAGAAGAAAAAUCUCUUGAUAUAAGGCUUGGAAGCCAGAGCAGGCAAUCUUGGUUGUGAAUAUUUUCUGAUUUUUCCAGAAAUCAAGCAGAAGAUUGAGUGGCUGAUGUCAGUUAACUCUGAGAAGCCGUCCUCUUCACAAAGGCCGGAGCCUCAGCCCAAAGCUCCUUUAGUUCCUCCGCCGCCGCCUCCUCCGCCGCCGCCUCCACCUCUGCCAGACCCCACGCCCCCAGAGCCGGAGGAGGAGAUCCUGGGAUCAGAUGAUGAGGAGCAAGAGGACCCCGCAGACUACUGCAAAGGCGGCUAUCACCCAGUGAAGAUCGGAGACCUCUUCAAUGGCCGGUACCACGUUAUCAGGAAGCUAGGAUGGGGACACUUCUCUACCGUGUGGCUGUGCUGGGACAUGCAGGGGAAAAGAUUUGUGGCCAUGAAAGUUGUAAAAAGUGCUCAGCAUUAUACAGAAACAGCCUUGGAUGAAAUAAAAUUGCUCAAAUGUGUUCGAGAAAGCGAUCCCAAUGACCCGAACAAAGACAUGGUUGUCCAGCUCAUCGAUGACUUCAAGAUUUCAGGCAUGAAUGGAAUACAUGUCUGCAUGGUCUUUGAGGUGCUUGGGCACCAUCUCCUCAAGUGGAUCAUUAAGUCCAACUACCAAGGCCUCCCCGUGCGCUGUGUCAAGAGCAUCAUCCGGCAGGUCCUUCAAGGCUUGGACUAUCUACACAGUAAAUGCAAGAUCAUCCACACGGACAUAAAGCCAGAGAACAUCCUCAUGUGUGUGGAUGACACCUACGUGAGAAGAAUGGCCGCCGAGGCCACCGAGUGGCAGAAAGCUGGCGCCCCUCCCCCUUCGGGGUCUGCAGUGAGUACGGCUCCUCAACAAAAACCUAUAGGAAAAAUAUCUAAAAACAAAAAGAAAAAGCUGAAAAAGAAGCAGAAGAGGCAGGCAGAAUUAUUGGAAAAACGCCUGCAGGAGAUAGAAGAAUUGGAGCGAGAAGCUGAAAGGAAAAUAAUAGAAGAAAACAUCAGCUCAAGCGCGCCUUGCAAUGAGCAAGAUGGCGAAUACCACUCAGAGGUGAAGCUGAAGGCGGCAGGGCUGGAGGAGGCCGCCGAGGAGGAGACGGCCAAAGACAGCGGUGAAGCUGAGGACCAGGACGAGAAAGAAGAUACCGAGAAGGAAAACAUUGAGAAGGAUGAAGAUGAUGUUGAACGGGAACUUGCAAACAUAGACCCCCCUUGGAUAGAGUCUCCCCAAACCAACGGCCAUAUAGAGAACGGCCCAUUCUCACUGGAGCAGCAGCUGGAGGAGGAGGAAGAUGAGGAAGAUGACUGCCCGAAUCCUGAGGAGUAUAACCCUGAGGAGCCAAAUGCAGAAAGCGAUUACACGUAUAGCAGUUCCUAUGAACAGUUCAAUGGUGAAUUACCAAACGGACGACAUAAAAUUCCCGAGUCCCAGUUUGCUGAGUUUUCUACUUCCUUGUUCUCGGGGUCCUUAGAACCUGUGGCCUGUGGCUCGGUGCUGUCCGAGGGGUCACCGCUGACCGAGCCUGAGGAAAGCAGUCCGUCCCAUGACAGAAGCAGGACCGUGUCCGCCUCCAGCACCGGGGAUUUGCCCAAAACGAAAACCCGGGCAGCCGACUUGUUGGUGAACCCCCUGGAUCCGCGGAACGCAGAUAAAAUUAGAGUAAAAAUCGCUGACCUGGGAAAUGCUUGCUGGGUGCACAAACACUUCACGGAAGACAUCCAGACGCGGCAGUACAGGUCCAUAGAGGUCUUGAUAGGAGCAGGUUACAGUACACCUGCUGACAUUUGGAGCACGGCGUGCAUGGCGUUUGAGCUGGCCACGGGAGAUUACCUGUUCGAACCGCAUUCUGGGGAGGAUUAUUCAAGAGACGAAGAUCACAUAGCACUGAUCAUUGAACUGCUGGGGAAAGUCCCUCGAAAAUACGCUAUGUUGGGGAAGUACUCCAAGGAAUUUUUCACCAGAAAAGGAGAGCUGCGGCACAUCACCAAGCUGAAGCCCUGGAGCCUGUUCGACGUGCUCGUGGAGAAGUACGGCUGGCCCCAUGAGGACGCUGCGCAGUUCACGGAUUUCCUGAUCCCCAUGUUAGAGAUGGUUCCGGAGAAGCGAGCCUCUGCCGGCGAAUGCCUCCGGCAUCCCUGGUUGAAUUCUUAGCAGAUUCUACAAAUAGAGCGUUCUGAGCUAGCCAAUGUUUUCCAGGACAUUGGACCGAAACGGUGACUCUCAUUCUUUAACAGGAUUACAAGUGAGCUGGCUUCAUCCUCAGACCUUUGUUUUGCUUCGAGGUACUGUUGUUUGACAUUCUGCUUUCUGUGCACUGUGAUCCUGGGGAAGGGUAGUCUUCUGUCUUCAGCUAAGUAGUUCACUGACCAUUUUCUUCUGGAAACAAUAACAUGUCCAAGCAUUGUUUCUUGUGUUGUGUGACAUUCAAAUGUCAGUUUUUUUGAACGAAAAAUACUUUCCCCUUUGUGUUUUGGCAGGUUUUGUAACUAUUUAUGAAGAAAUAUUUUAGCUGAGUACUAUAUAAUUUUACAAUCUUAAGACAUUAUCAAGUUGGAACCAAGUAGCAGCAAGGAAAUGUACAAUGUUUUCUUCUGGCAGAGGGACAUCCUUCCUGUAUUAUAGUGUGUGUAAAUGCACUCUGUAAAUGUUGAUUGCCAUUAAAUACGGGGUGGGGACUCAGAAAAGCCGCAGGUCCUGAGUGCUUCAGAGCCUGAGCUGCAUGGAGCAGAUUUGAUCUGCUCCAAGGAAUGGUGCAGAUUUUUCAUUCCGUAAAAGUCCUUUUUUAUGUUGAAUUUAAAACCAAGUGGCUCUGGAUUACAAGUUGUCAUUCCCAAUACGGCGCUUUAAGGAAGGCAAAGGCGUGCUUCUCAGCCGGAAAUACGCGUUCUGACCGAGCAGUUCCAUUUGUAUUUUUGCAUAUUCCUAAAAGUACUUGGGGAGGAAAAGGUUGGCCUCCCUUUACAAAUGUGAUGACCCGGGACCACGUGGUGUUGCCUCCGCCAAGCACUGUUACGUUAGAAACAUAGAUUGAAUGGGGCAAGAAUUCAGUGUGUGGAACGAAGCAAACAAAACAGCCAUGUUUUUUGGAAAAGCAUGACCGUGUUUGUCUAGAACACGAGGUGUGGAUUUUCAUCCUUCGCAGUGCAGUGGGCAGAAUCUCCUCACAGGUAACAGUGACCCCUCAUUCCACGGGCAGCGUCGUGUGUGGCUGUAAGCGAUUGUACCUGCUUGCUCAUUGCCUUGCCCUGAAUUGGAGUUGAGAAAAUGAUUUUCCCCUUGUAGGUUGCACAGUUUUGUUAAUGCAUUUCCUCAAAAUUGUAGAAACCAGGACACAAACCAUAGUAGGCAAUACAAUUUUAGAAUGUAAUAUAUAGAGAGGUGUACUUAGCCUCUUUUAGAAGUCAGUGGAUUGGAUGUCUUUUUAUUUCAAAUUCUACAUUCUUAAGGUGCCUCGUUUUUCUUGACUUUGUCUAUUAACAUUUAUCCAUAUGCCUUUGCAAUAACUAGAUUGUGGAAAGCUAACAAGUGUUGUAACAAUAACCCAUUGUUUGAGGUGCUUGCAGUUUAAAAAUUAAAGUGUUUUGGUUUUUUUUUCA